GUAACAGUUUAAAGUUUUUAAAAGUUAAUUUCAGAAAGAUUAUAUGCUGCGACAUGCAACAUGGGUUCGUAAAUUCAACAAACAAAUAAUAGAGCCCACAAAAUGACCUUAAAACUAACAUAAACAUUAUACUUAUAGUAUGCGGUCACUGAAAAAAAAUGUUUUGUUAAUGUCAAUGUUAAAAACUUUACAAUUUGAUGAAUUUUUUUGUGUGAAAGCAACAAACAAUGGCACCUCCAAUGAUACGAGAAAACGUUAGUGGUGUAUAUGGUUUUCCAACGUCAACAAUGGAUUGGUGUGAAGAAAACUUUGUGGUUACUUAUGCCAUAGCUGAGUUUUGGAAUACAAUUAGUAAUUGGGUUAUGAUCUUUCCUCCUAUGUUUGUUGCGUAUCGUUUGUGGAAAUUUCAACUUGCUGAAUACCGUGUUAUUACAGCAUUCAUCGCUUUAAUGACAAUUGGGUUUGGAUCAUUUGCUUUCCAUUGUACUCUACUAUAUCAAUCUCAAUUGUUAGAUGAGUUACCAAUGAUUUAUGGCACGUGCGUUAUGUUGUAUUGUAUGCUAGAACUACACGGAAUAGAAAACAAAAUAAAUAUUUUUACCUCUGCUGUUUUAAUAGCAAUUUCUAUUGCUAUUACCAUGGUAUAUGUUUUACUUAAAAGUCCGCUUAUAUUUUUGUAUAGUUAUGGUACACUUGCAACUACUUUGUUUAUGCUAAACAUCCGAGCAUGUGCCAGAUACACGGGUAAUAGAAAGUUGUUGAUAUUGUCUUUAGCUAGUUAUACUUUUGGUUUUAUUUUAUGGAACAUUGAUAAUGAAUACUGCCAAAAAGUUCGAAAAGUGCGUAACGCUUUGCCAUUUCUUUUUCAGCCAAUAACCCAAUUGCAUGCAUUAUGGCACUUUUUUGCUGGCAUCGGAACAUACGGUCAAAUUAUUUUUACAAUGGAUCUUCGUAUAAAAUGUUUACACUUCGAUUCAAGAUCAGCGUAUAUAUGCAAAUACAUUUUAUACUUUGUAAAAGCUCAAAGUUUUAAACACAACUUUAAAGACAAAAAUUAGCUUUCUUAACAACUUAGUUAUUACGUUUAUUAAUAUGAGCCACAAACGUUUAAUGGCUCUCAAGUCGCAUAAUUAUGGCAUUAAGCUUAAUGUAAGCUACUGUAACAAGUAAAUCUUACAAGAUUUACUAGUUUAAUUUUAAUUUUUAUUCACAAAGUUUAGUCUAACAAAUCUGCAUGAUUUAUCCAUAAAUUGUCAAACUGUUUUUUUUUAGUUAAUAAAAAAAUGAAAUGAUCCAACACUUUUACC